GAAAGAAAAGUAGCCCCCAAAGCCAAUGAGUAAUAAGGUUGAUCUGAGGCCUGUUUCCAUUACUUCCUUGACACUGCAAUAACUUUCUCUCUCCUCUUUCAUGCACCCUUUACAAUAUGUCAAUACUCAAUACAAACACACAGACUCAUACAUUAUUCAAUUCAAUAUAUAAAUAUAAAUACAAUCUAUCUAUCUCUAUUUAAUUUAAAAACAAAAAAUGAAAAAAGCAUAAACAGAAGAGAGUACAGUAUCUCACCGCCUAUUCCCACCAUUUACACCCCAUCCACGCUUCUGAAUUUCACCCUCCUCGCCACCUCCUUUGUUCACCACUUUGCAACCAACCCACCUCUCCCCUCUCCACUCCACCCUCCGAGGCACUCUCAAUUACUUUACCAUGCAACAACAUCAACAACAACAUCAUCAAAUGAUCAUCAAACCUCAACAAAACCUCAUUCUUCAACAACAACAACAACAACAACCCCCUUCUCUUGACUCUCCUACUAGCAACAACUCCUCUUCCUCCUCCUCCACCACUUUCAACAACAACAACAACAACAACAACCUUUCAAUCUCUCCAUCUACUGCUUCUCCUUCUCCUGCUACCUCCAACAAGCGGGGCCGCGGCAAGGGCGGCCCCGACAACAACAAGUUCCGCUACCGAGGUGUUCGGCAGCGGAGCUGGGGGAAAUGGGUCGCCGAGAUCCGCGAGCCUCGUAAACGGACUCGGAAAUGGUUGGGUACUUUCGCUACAGCGGAAGAUGCUGCUCGUGCUUAUGACCGCGCUGCUAUUAUUCUCUACGGCUCUAGGGCUCAACUCAAUCUACAACCUUCUCCUCCUCCUUCUACCGGGGGACCCACUACCAACUCCUCAUCUUCUCGUGGAUCUUCGUCUUCUUCUUCCGGAACCACCCACUCUCUCCGUCCUAUCCUCCCUAAGCCUGCUAAUGGGUUCGGGUUUACGUUCUCCACUUUUCCCUAUGGCGGGUUUGGGGCCGGGUCCGGGUUAACCUCUUCGUCGGCGUCAGUUUUGCAGUACCCGUAUUGUCCGAAUAUCGUUCAUGGGCCGGUCCAAUGGGCCGGUACUACUUCAUCUUUACCCUUCUCACAACCUCCUCUUGUUGAAAAUAAUAAUACUACUGAUAGUAUUAAUUUGAUUAAUAAUACUAGUAGUAGUACUACUACUACUAAUAGUAACGAGGUGGAUCAUGACCCGACCCUUCAACAGAUUCGGGUGCAGGAAGAUGAAGUGGAUCGGGUAACACAGGAUCAAAUCCUUGUACAAGGACAGCAAUAUCACCAACAAAGUAAUAAUAAUAACAACAAUAAUGGGUUUUGUACUCAAGAUUAUCAUCACAAGAGUUUUUGUGACGAGAUAAGUUCGUUGGUUGGAUCAGUUGAUUCAAGUUUAUCAUUAGGGUCGCAAGUAAUCGGGCAUUCGGAUCCGGGUCUAAUAAACUUAUUACCCGGGUCACCGUUAUGGCCGACGCCGUUAAGUGGUGAGUUAGAGGAGUAUCAAAUGCAUCAUACAACCAGUCUUUGGGAUUAUGGUACUGAUCCUUUCUUGUUCUUCUCUGAUAAUGAACAUCAUCAAAUUUAAUUAAUUUGGUGUUUCAUUUUGCAUGCAUCUGAGCUAUCUACAAGGUAAGCAUGAUUAAUUAAGGUCUUCAUUAAUUAAUUAAUUACUUGGGAAUUUGGUGGGAUUUUUUCAAGAAUUAUGGUCAAAAAAAGAAGGGAAAAAAAUCAACAUGCAGAAUGAAUUGCACCAUGUCCCAAAAACUAAAAUUUGAAUUCCCAAAGGAGGUUGGUUAAUUAUAUUGAGAAUUGCAAUUAAUGGACAAUUAAUUGCAAUUAUCUCAUACAGUAUUAUAGUUAUUGAUCUUUCAAUUAUAAUUAAGUUUUUUUUUUUUUUUUUUACAAUAUUUUGUAUUUGCCUAAGGUAUAGUAUUAGACUAGUAAUUAGAAGUAAUUUUUUGUUGGUUUUGUUUAUACAUAUAUUAUUAUUAUUAUUAGGAGUAUUAUUACUAGCUACUAUUACUCCGUAUUAUUAAUAUAUAUUUUUAUUAUUUUUCUAUUCUAGUUCUUGGUAUUCAUUGAUGAAAUAACCAAGAAAAGGAUAAUUAGGGUUAGGGUUUUGAGUUGGGAAUCGUUUGUCUCAAAGAAGGAAGCAGGAUUUUGUUGAAUAAGAUAUUUAAUGAAUAUUUUUUGUUUUUUUUGGAUUAUAUAUUUAUCAAUAUAUUGGUGAAUCAUCCUUUCACUACACCGAAUUUUUGUUUUCUUGCCUUUAUUUUGUAAAUGGGAAAUUGGUAAUCCAAUAUUAUUCCAUUUAUUUAAUUUUAUUUCUCUGCAUCUACAAUGAUAAUGUUAAUUUGGACUUGUUUUUUUCAUAUGAUUGUGAUUGAGCUUAGCUAAUGUACAUAAGUUAUUCUGAAUGGAAUCAAAUCGAUGAAUAAGCUUAGUAGACACAUAAAGCUUGUUUUGUAUCAACACUGGAUAUUUACAUUGAAAAUGAG